UCACCUGUCCUUUAUAAAAGACACAACGCUUAGGUUUAUAAACAAAUCUACGACAACCAGAAACAGAUGUAACCAGUUUAGAGUUUUAUCAGACACAAUGCCAACACACUGGACAGAGCAUUACUAUGAGGACGAGGACGGAAACAAAUGCCUGGAUCUACAUCAUUACUCUGAGAGUGGGGCCAUGAAAAAAGUCAAAUCUUUCCUUUAUCACAUGAAAAGAGAGUACUUCAGGAGUGAUAAGAGUCGUGCACACAGGUUCGUUGACAUCAUCACAGGGGUGGGCAAACACAGUUGGAGGCAUUACUCCGUCAUCAAAGAGGACGUGGAGGACUUCUUGGACAGAAAAGAUUACAGUUAUGAGUGGGAUCAUGGCGGUGGCCGAGUGACAAUCGAUUUUUAUUAUUCGACCUGAUGUAGUAUCGUCUGCUGAGUCUUUCAAAAUCAACCCGAAUUCUUUAUUGGAAAACCUGGAUGUGAAGUCACAGUUCAAUUCAGCCACUUUUUUUUUCUUUGAUUGCAAAUUUGAUAUUAUUUUAUGUUGAAUUUUAUUUUAGAAAUUGCAUAUAUAAUUUAUUUAUUUUAAACAUGUAAAUAUGUAUUCAUACAUUAACAUACAUUUUAUCUAUGUUAGUGUUGUGUGAAUCCGUGAAUGUGAUUUUAUGUGAUACACUUAAUUUUAUGAUGCUCUAAUACAUAAAAUUUUUAUAAAAGCC